UAUGCACGUCAGGAGGUGGCUUUGCUUGUCCCUCUCGCUGGCAGUCUAGUGGCUGCUGGGAUGUGAGAGCUCUCUAUACGGCGCUGUGCAGCCUCCUCCUGAUCCUGGUGACAGAGCUGCUGCUACUCUUGUUACUGUUACCGUUAGAACUCCGGAUACACAACGUUCUACGAAAACUCGGACAUGCUGGGCGGCAUUCCAUUCCCCUUCCUUGUUCUCUGCCCGCUCUAUCUUUUUGGUGAUUCUGCUGCAUUCAGUUCUGAAGAAAAAAUCCAAUCAUCUCAGAAUCUUGAAAGAAAUGAAGUACAGAGACCAUUAGAGCUCCGAGAAAUUGUAAUUGUCAUACAAAGCCAAAGUAACACUUUCCACAAAAAGAGAGCAGAGAAUUUGAGAGAAAAUCUGUUAAAUCAGGCGUCUUCAAUCAGCAAGGAUCUUCCAAGAGUGCUUCUUCUACAUGAAAUUUUAAAAAAUGAAGGUUCAUGGACAGUACUACCAGUUAUACCACAUCUUGCAGAUGUACACGGCAAAAACUCAUCGUGGAUAUUUUUCUGUGAAGAGGAAACCACCGUAAAACUUCAAAGGCUACUAGAGACACUGCAGAGAUUUGACAACACUAAGAGUUGGUUUCUAGGCAAAGCCUUAUACGAUGAAGAAUCUACAAUAAUACAUCAUUACGCCUUUGCAGAAAAUCCUUCUGUUUUCAAAUAUCCAGAUUUUGCUGCCGGCUGGGCUCUCAGCAUGCCACUUGUGAAAAAGCUUGCCCGUGUCCUGAGGAAUGAGCCACCUAGCUCGGAUUUUACAAUAGACUUAAAGCAUGAGAUUGCUUUGUAUAUAUGGCAGAAAGUUGAGAAACAGGAGCUCACUUCGGUGCGUGAAUUUUGUACAGAUAAUCCGACCUCAUCUAAAACCGAGACCUGUGCCACAGCAUUUAACGGAACUCUGCUUUCCUGCGGUAAUCCAGUAAAGAAAGAAGAUAUAUUUGUUGCCAUCAAAACUUGCCAAAAGUUUCACAAAGACAGAAUACCUGUUGUAAAGAAAACCUGGGAGAGAGAUGCAGUUCAUUUUGAAUAUUAUAGUGAUCAAGAAGACAAUACAAUCCCUACUACAGAUUUAGGAAUACCCAAUGUGGAAAGAGGCCACUGCGGAAAAACAUUUGCUAUCCUAGAGAGAUUUUUAAAGUCUAACACGUCAAAAACAAAUUGGCUGGUUAUUUUGGAUGAUGACACCCUGAUCAGCCUCUCAAGAUUACGGAAAUUGCUUAGCUGUUAUGAUCCAAACGAACCAAUAUUUCUGGGAGAACGUUAUGGUUACGGAUUAGGGGCAAGGGGAUAUAAUUACAUUACUGGCGGAGGAGGAAUGGUAUUCAGCAGAAAAACCGUAAGAAGAUUACUAAAUAGCAAAUGCCGAUGCUAUAGCAAUGACGCACCUGACGAUAUGGUCCUUGGUAUGUGCACCAGUGGUCUAGCUAUUCCCGUUAUCCACAGUCCGCUCUUCCACCAGGCACGACCAACCGAUUACCCAAAAGAUUUCCUGUCGCACCAAGUUCCAAUAUCUUUUCACAAGCACUGGAAUAUUGAUCCUGUAAAGGUUUACUAUGCAUGGCUAAUCCAGGACAGUGAAGAAGAUUUUCACAGGAAGAAACAUUUGAGAGAAGAAUUAUGAGGGUUUCAUACCAAACCUCAAGUGUUUUCAAAGAGAGCUGCCAGACUGGACUAUAUCAUCGUUUAAACUGCAUUUCUUCAGGCGCUCACAGCACUGAGAUGUGCAAAUGAAACAAAUUCAUUGUAGCUUUGUUCAAAUGUAGACUUUUAUUUAAACAAUCAGGUUAUUGUCGUAAGGAAUUAAGCAUUCCUUAAUAGUAUUUCUCUUCCCUUAGAUUAAUUUUAUUCUGUUUGGAAAGAGAUUUUUGUUAUAAAUAUUUUUUACAUUUAUAAAUCAAACAUUUACUCUGCCACAGCUUCAUAGUCCAACAAUUUCUAUAAAACUAUAAAUAUAAUCAAAUUUUCUUAAAUGUUUCAAUUAUAUGAGAUUGGUUAACUUUUAAAUUAAGCAAUGCUUUGCCAGCCAUUGGACACCUAAAACAUUCUUGUAUUUGUAUCUCGCAUCUGUUUAAUUCUUUUAAGAUAAUUUAUUUAAAUCUUAUUUUAACCACUUCUUUAAAGGACCACUUUAAAUGCCAUAAUCACUACAGCCCAUAGUACUGGCUAUGGUACCUGGAUGAUCCUUUUACUAUUCCCUAGAUCUGUGUCGCGAUGUUUUUUUAAGAUAUUUGACAGACUGAGGACUCCCCUUGGACUUCUGUUUUGCAUAUUGCUAUUGCAGACAUUACACAUUAUCAAUAGCAAUACCAAUUCUCUCCAUAUUUGGAAAGCAAUCAUUGGUUAAGCACUCAGGCAAUGUAUGAUGUCCAAAUUUAGACAAAAUUGAUAUGCUAAUUUGGGUGUGUAACUUUGGCAACAGUACUAUGCCGAGAAAGGGGCUAGGCCACAAGCAUAAAAAUAGUAGAAAUCUGUUUGGUUUUGCGCUAGACGAAGUUAAGCAGCCAUCUUGUGGCUACUGAACUUUAAGAAGUUAGUGUUACAAUGUUCUUACAUAGUUUAUUCUGACUGGUAACAUUUGCAUCACUGUAGGGUGAAUGAAAUCAAAAUAAUGAAUUUGUGCAGAGUGGCACAAAAUGGGCACUCAUUCAAAAUUUUACUUUCAUCAUGGAUGUACUGUGAGCAGUAAUAAAGAAUGUGUAUAGGUGUUCUAUAUCAUGUUGCAUCAUACUUAAGAGACACUGAAAUAACCACACAAAAUCCCAAUUAAAAUGUACAUAUGAGCUCUUUAAUAGAACACAUUAUUUUUCCAUUCAUUGUUCUUCAGAUAAUUUACUCUGCGCAAGGGGGUUCUGAACUCGAUUAUUCCUCUCCAUAAUACGAACUGUCCUGGUUACCAGCUUUGUAAUAUGGAAGUGCCUAAUUAUUAUUUUUUUGUCCUCUUGACAUUCCUACCCUCUUCCUGGUUGCAUUCCUUUCUGGGCUUAGCAUUCAGGUCUGUAAGUGGAAGUGAGAUCGCUGGUGGUCUAGUAGGAGAUGCUGAUUAUGACCAUGGAGUGACCAAAAGAGCUUCUCAGAUCGAGAUGCAUCACUAAUGAUUUUGCAUUGCAACAGCAUUUUUCCAUCUGUAUGUAAAAAGUGUUGUUUCAGCAGUAGAAAAUGUCACUGUUUCAAUUUAUGGUUAAAUGAAGCACAACUGCAUAUGAGUGGUCAUUGAAUGCACCUAGAAAUUAAAACUGCAAAUCACAUUUUAAAAUGUUUCUUACAUCACACAAGAUGUAAUUAUGAAGACCAUACUACUAUAAUUACUUUUAAAAAUGAGUUGUCAUAAAAGCAUAUUGAAAAAGGGAUGCAAAUUGGGUACCAUUAACCAUUUCCAUGUAUGAUUUAAAAGAAGAAAAAAUAAGAUCUAAAAAGCAAAAAUAACAGAUCUGAAAUUCUCUCUGUUAUAGUAAUUUAAGAGCCUACAACUGUUCCAUAAAGGAAUAACAGUGUAAAAAAAGUUUCAUAAGUCCAGUUUUGAUCAAUUGAUGCCACAAAAGCGCCUAAGCAUUCUUUAUAAAUAUAUAUAUUUUUUAAAUGACAUUUAUAACAUGUGUCAAAUAUAGAUUUCCAACAGCAAACCCAGAUUUGUUUUUCAGUGUUGCAGGUGGUAUAAGUGACAAGCGCAUCAACAAGUUGAUUUGAUUCUGCACAUCCACAUUAAAUUAAUUUGAUUUAUGUCUUCGUUGAUUUCAUUGGAAUUUGAUCACGAACAUAUUGCUUGUUUUACAACUUAAUUUAACAUUUUUUGUUUAUAACGAACAGCCCUUACACUUAAAAAUAUCUUCGACUUGUUUUAAAGACAGCAACUUUAUAUUUCAUA